UUUAUAGCGUCAUUCUGUCAAAAGCUAAGUGAGACUUGGGAGAUACUGUUAAGCGAUAUUUAAUUUGCUUUUCGAAAGUUUUCUGUAAAAAGUGAAUUAAUUGAUUCAAAAUGUCUAUUUAUCCGUUCUUCAUGGAUUUUGAGCGUCCUAGAACACGACAACACUUAAUGGAUCAACAUUUUGGCUUAGGACUGACGCCGAAUGAUUAUUUGACGAUUGUGGCUGUGCCGCAAACGAACAAUAAUUACUACAGACCAUGGAGAAAUCUUCGGGCAUCAAACCAGGAUGAAGGAUCUACAAUUAAAAACGAAAAGAACAAGUUUCAAAUCAAUUUGGAUGUUCAGCACUUCGCUCCCGAAGACAUUUCUGUGAAAACUGCUGAUGGGUUUUUAGUUGUUGAAGCCAAGCACGAAGAGAGGCAGGAUGAACAUGGAUUCAUUUCACGAGGGUUUUCAAGACGUUAUCAACUACCAGAAGGUAUUGAGGAGUCUGCUGUGAUCUCUAAGCUGUCCUCGGAUGGUGUGCUUACCAUCACAGCUCCAUUGAAAGCACCGCCAAAGGCUUCGAAUGAGAGAAUUGUUCCCAUUGUGCAGACUGGGCCGGUGAAGAAGCAGCUGGAAGGUGAAAAGACUGAUUAGGCGUUUAAGUCUUUCUCUCUACGAAUUUUCUGCAUGUUUUACUUUGUGAGAUUUCGUGAUUGUAAUUGUUUUGUGGGUUAUUCUUGCGCUGAUUUCAGUGAGAUGUCAUUGAGAUAAGGAAUUAUUUUUAAUUGUCACAGCAACACCUCAUUAUUUAUGUUUUAAUAUAAUAAAUUAUUUCUAGUCA